AUGUCAGGGAUACAAUCUUAUUUCAAACGUCAAAAGAGCACAAAUACAGAACCUGAAUCCUAUGAACCUCAUAGACAAAAUGUUUCAAUUGUUGAAAAUUCUCCUCAAUCUCAAAGACAAAGUGUACCACCACAAGCAUCUCAAUUUCAAAGUUUUCAAUCACCACCUGAAGCAAAAAUUAAUAUAGAAAAUCUUGAAACGGAUCCAGGAAAAAGACCUUCAAUUUAUUCAAUGACAUCAAAUCCUAUAGAGAGAGAGGAUAUUCGGAGAGCUUAUUUGCUCAAGGGUCCAACUCAACCAAUUCUUAAACCAUUCCCUCAAACGGAAAUGUUUGGAAAAAUGCGUAGAUUCAAUUCUAAGUGGUAUGAAGAAUUUGGUUCUUGGUUGGAGUAUAGUGUAUCACGAGAUGCAUGUUUUUGCUUAUAUUGUUAUCUAUUUGAUAUGGAGGUUAGAGGUAGUGGUUCAGCGAAGGAGGCAUUUGUCGGUGUGGGGUUCAAAAAUUGGCAGAAGAAGGAUAGAAUCAAAGUUCAUGUUGGAGAUCAUAGGAGUGUUCACAAUAGAUCUUAUCAAGCUGGUCAAGAUUUGAUGAAGCAAAACCAACAUAUUGAUAUUGCCUUUUCAAAUAUUUCUGAACAACAAAGAAUUGAUUACCGUAUUCGCCUGAAAGCUUCUUUAGAUUGUGCUAGAUACUUACUACGAAAUGGUCAGCCUUUUCGGGGACAUGAUGAAUCUGAAAGUUCAAAUAAACAAGGUUUAUUUCUUGAAACUCUAAAGUUUUAUACUAAGCCAAAUAAGGAGAUGAGUCAUGUGGUCUUGCAAAAUGCCCCCGAUAAUAACAAAAUGACUUCACCAAAAAUUCAGAAAGAUCUUGCUCAAGCUUGUGCUGAUUUGACUGUUAAAGCAAUAAUUACUGAUCUCGGCAAUGAUUACUUUUCCUUGCUAGUUGAUGAAGCUCGUGAUGUUGCAAUUAAAGAACAAAUGGCAGUUGUACUUCGGUAUGUAAACAGAAAGGGGUCCAUUGUUGAAUGUUUUAUUGGCAUAAUUCAUGUUUCAGAUACUACUGCAAAAUCACUAAAAGCAGCGAUUGAUGGGCUGUUUUCUAAACUUGGUUUAAGUUUGUCUAAAUGUCGUGGUCAAGGCUAUGAUGGUGCUAGUAAUAUGAGGGGUGAAUUCAAAGGGCUUAAGAGUUUGAUUUUGGCAGAGAACAAAUCUGCAUUAUACAUUCAUUGUUUUGCUCAUCAGUUACAAUUGGCACUUGUGAAGGUUGCAAAACAUCACAAAAAGAUUCAAGAAUUUUUUGACAUGCUUCAAAAGAUGGCUACCGUUGUGGGGGGUUCAUGCAAGCGGAAGGAAAUUCUUCAAAUGAAUCAAUAUGAGCAUAUAGUUGAAAGAAUUGCUCGCGGUGAAAUACCAACUGGAAAAGUUACAAGUGUUAUCUCAUUAUUUUCUCCAAUAAUUUCCUUGAUGAAAAUUAUUGAAGACGAGCCUAGGAAUGAUGCUGCAAGAACUGAUGCAGGUUGCAUUUUGUAUGCCAUGGAGGAUUAUGAGUUUGCAUUCUUGUUGCAUCUUAUGCAACUUAUCUUGGGGAUUUCUUAUGAGUUGUCACAAGCAUUACAAAGAAAAGAUCAAGACCUUUUAAAUGCAAUUGGUUUAGUGAAGGUUGUCAAGUCUCGUUUACAAGAGGUGAGAGAUAAUGGUUUUGAUGAAUUGCUUCAAGAAACGAACAUUUUUGCAAAUAAAUAUGAUAUUGACAUUCCAAAUAUGGAGGAUGUUUAUUAUCCUAAAGGAAGAUCAAGACGGAGAUUGGAAUCAUUCACAUUCUUGCACUACUUUAAGGUGGAGUUAUUUAAUACAAUGAUAGAUACUCAGGUUCAAGAGUUGGGUGAUCGAUUUGAUAAUGUCAAUACGAAGUUGCUUGAGUGUUUGAGUUGUCUUGACCCUCGUGAUUCAUUUGCUAGUUUUAACAAAGAAAAGUUGAUUGAGUUUGCUAGAUUUUAUCCUUUGGAGUUUAAUGAGCUUGCAUAUAUUCCUUUUCUUUCUUCAAGUCUUGGUAAUUUAUUUGUUGAUUUGGCACUCGUUCUACCGGUAGCAACUGCUAGUGUUGAACGAGUUUUUUCUGCAAUGACUUUUGUUAAGGAUAAGUUGCGCAAUCGGAUAAGUGAUGAUUGGUUUAACGCAUGCAUGCUAACUUAUGUUGAACGUGAUAUGUUUGAUAAUAUUGAUGAUGAAGAUAUAAUGCAAUAUUUUCAAAGAAUGAAAAAUCGAAGAAUGCUUUUGUCGUCUUCUACUGCCAACGUGCUUUGA